AUUUUAUUUUGUUUUCGCCUGGCAAUUGAGUAAUGGCCGGACUCCUCCAUCUGACCAAGCAGUGCAGCAUCCACCUACCCGCGCACUUAGGUCGCGCGAAAUGCUACACCUUCGCUAAGGGAACGGGAACCCACGUGCACGCAAGAGUGCAAGCUUAGGAUAGACCAAAACAGCGCACACACAGACUAGGAGGAUCAGCAGGAUCAGGGAAUCAGGGGAAGCAUGGGUCGCACUCAGCGCCGCCGGCAACAGAGGGCCAAGCAAUCUGGCGAGGAUUCCUGUUCCCUGCAGAAGCUCUACGUUCACCUGCACUCGCUCGGCUGGCAGAACCACACUCACCUGUCAGCCCAAAACUUUGCCCAGACUGGGCGAGGACUGUGCUCCAAGAAGGACACCUUCUCCGCUGAGAAUGAGCUCAUUCGCCUGCCUGUUGGCUGUCUCAUCAGCAUAGCCACCCUAGAAUCGGAUGAGGCAUUCAAGAACCUCUUCAACAAGGAGCUUUUCGACAAGGACUCCAGGAUUUCCUUUCAGGCUCUGGUAGCCUGUUAUCUUUUAUACAACAAACACCUUUUGGAGUGUUCUAUGGAUACACUGCUCUGCUUCUACGCCGCCUAUUUAGACACCCUGCCCAGGAGCUACUCUACUCCCUAUUUCUGCUCCAUACCCGAGCUGCAGUGCCUGCCGGAAUCUCUCCUAGAGCGAACUGUGGCCCAGAAUCGCCAGAUAAGAGGUUACUUUGAGAUAAUUAAGAGCCUGGUUCUCAUCUGCGAUUGUUGUGGAAAGAGCUAUGGCCAGGAGAUUUGGACUCUCUCAGAAUUCAAAUGGGCCUACUUCACCGUAAACACCAGAAGCGUCUACCUCAGCUCCCGCUUUCUCAAAAAGCAGAGCAGUCACUUCCAGGCUCUCAUCAGUGGAGACACCAAUCUGGCACUGGCUCCCUUCCUGGACCUCUUCAACCACUCAGAUAGUGUCCAAACCACUGCGGAGAUUGAGGGCCAGGAUUACGUCCUCACAUUGAAAUCACUACCUCUUCCCAAGACCAAACUCUAUGACCAAUUGUUCAUCAGCUAUGGGGCUCUGUCCAACUUUAAGCUGUUGACGGAGUAUGGCUUCUGGCUAAGAGGCAAUAAGCACGACUACUUUGAGUUCUCCCUGCUGGACAUCGAGCACAUGGUUAAGCGGAACAAGGAGCUAUCUACGCAGACCUACCACCGGAACAUCUUCAAGUUCAUCAGGGAGCACAAUCUGAACGAUCAGAUGUUCGUACACAUCGACGAUGGCUGCUCCCACAAUUUGAAGGUGGUGCUGCACCUGAUUUUCAAGCAGCAGGCCUACUUCCCUAACAUCCUCAACCAGAUUGCCUUCGGUGACACCCAGCAGUUCGAGGACGUGCAGCCGGAACUUUCCUAUCUGGUAGCCCAUAAAAUAGAGGAGUACGAGAUCUUCGGGGGAGAGCUGGAUAAGCUUCCAAAGCUUACGGAGAGUGGAGCGGUGGCUAGGUCCUACCUGCAGGAGUGCAUUCGCUACCUAAGCGACUUUCAAAAGGCUCAUCCUGCCGAAUAGAAGUAAUCUAGAUUGAGCUUAGAUUUUAAAUCAGUACAAAGCAUUUUGUUCUUCAGGGAUUGUAAAAGUAGUGAGCCUUCCUAUCUUGAAUACUAAUUUAACUCUUUAAGAAUUCGAAUUGAAGCCCAAUUAAUAUUUGUACCUUUGUAAUAAAUCCCAUAAAACGUUAA